CGAGCUACUCGCGCUCCUCAAAUCAUAUUUCAUCAUCAUCAUUGAACAACUUGUCGCCAAUUCUCCCUGUUGUGGAUUCUCGCAAUGGCGCCUAAAAGUGAAGCAUAUGGAAGUAAAAGGAAGCUUGUCGAUCGAAGCAAAGAUCAUUCAAGUAAGAAGCCGAAGUUCGACAAGCGACAACCACAGCGAGAAGAGCUAGAGGAUGAAAACGAUGGUAGCGAAAUCAGCGACUUUUCAGAUCCGGAUGACGGCGGCGCUCCCCUGAGCGACACAAAGCCGCAAAAUAAGGAGUCAAAAAAUGGCGAUAACCAAGCUGGGAAAGUAUUCGAAAAGGGCCAAAACUCUCGCGAAUCCCAUAUAAAGCAGAGGCAACUUGCCCAGGAGCGCAAAUCCCAGAAGCCUCUAGCCGAUGACUUGCACCGAACGAAAAAGCUCUGGGAAAGAUUGCGGUUGAAAUCGAAAGUUCCAAAAGAUGAGAGGCAAAAACUUGUCGAGGAGCUUUUCAGCAUUACAACCGGUCGUAUGAAGGACUUCGCGCUUAAGCAUGAUGCUGUUCGUGUCGUUCAGACCGCCAUCAAGUAUGCGACUCCUGAACGCCGGAAGAUGAUUGCAAAGGAGUUGAGAGGUACUUACCCUCUCUUGGCUGAGAGCAAAUAUGCCAAAUUUUUGAUCGGCAAACUUCUCGUGAAAGGGGACGACGAGGUCCGAGAUAUUAUUGUUCCGGAAUUUUACGGUCGAGUCCGAAAGCUUAUCAACCACCCUGAAGCUUCUUGGAUUCUAGACGACAUAUACCGAGGCAUCGCGACUAAGGAACAGAAGGCCAUUCUGUUACGGGAGUGGUAUGGUCCCGAGUUUCAUAUCUUCCGACAGACAGGAGAGGGCGAGGCCGCUCCUUCGGCGGACCUUUCUCAAAUCAUUGCAGAACAACCAAGUAAACGGGGUCCGAUUAUGAAAUAUCUACUUGAUUUAACGAAUCAACUUAUUCAAAAGAAGAUGACUGGCUUUACGAUGCUACAUGACGCCAUGUACCAGUACUUCACCAACGUGAAGCAGGGCUCAGAAGAAGCUAAGGAGUAUAUGGAAAUGAUCAAGGAAGACGAGAACGGCGACCUACUCAAGAACAUGGCGUUCACGAAAUCUGGCGCCCGACUGGUGUGCUUGCUUCUCGCCCACGGAACUGCGAAGGACCGGAAACAGAUUUUGAAGACAUACAAAGACACCUUCCAACUUAUGUCAAGCGAUCCCAAUGGACAUUUGGUUAUUCUUGCUGCUUAUGACCUAAUCGACGAUACCGUUCUAACUUCCAAGUCCAUCAUAUCCGAAUUGAUAGGCAAGACGGAGCAGGAUGAGGUCACCAAUAUUGUCAUCAGUAUCAAUGACCCCAAUGCGCGCCUCACCAUUCGGUAUCCACUUGAGGGUACAUCUAAGGCACUGUUUGACGCUGGCCGUGCCGAUGAUUUGAAGCUCCUCGAGGAGCUCUGGGAGAUUCGAAAGACUACAAGCAAGAAGGACCCCGAGGUCCGUCGAAAGGAGCUUGUUGCAGCUUUGUCACCACAUCUUUUGGCUGCUAUUGCUUCGUCGCCGCAAGAUUUGAUUUCCACUUCACAUGGAUCACAGAUGGUCACUGAAGCCCUCCUUUCUUGCGUCGGAGACAAGUCGGAAGCAUUACAGGCCGUAGCAUCCACCGCGAAGGGAGAUCCCAGCGAAAUAGAAGAAUCUGAGGCGGCCCUCACCCCUCGAGAACACAUAUCAAAAGCUCCUCACGGCGGACGUAUGUUCAAGACGCUGAUAGCUGGCGGCCAUUUCGAUAAGGCAACACGUCGCAUAAUACCAGUUGAUCCUCCCCUUCACUUCGCAGACAUACUCUAUCCCAUCAUUAAAGAUCACAUAAUAGCUUGGGCAACUGGGCCGAGUUCAUUUGUGGUACUAAACCUCCUAGAAUCGGAUGACUUCUCCCACAAGGACGAACUCAAGAGCAUACUGAAGAAAAACAGGAAAACACUAGAGAAAGCGGCGACAGAGGAAACGCCGGAACAAAAGGCAGCGAAAGAGGACGCCGAGAUGGAUGGAGAGAAGAAACCGUCCAAAAAGGGCAAGAAGGCUGGAGCGAAAAAGGAGGCUCCUGUUGGUAAUAUGGGCUCGAAGCUGCUAUUAGAGCAGAUCAAGGGAUAGAUACGUACCAUGAUUUAGACAUAGGAUUUUCGGAAUUAUGAAUGAGGCAUUGUUACAGCCCUGGUAUCACAAAUUUUGAAGUCUACAUUUCGGCAGUAACCGUGGUGGCUUAGUUCCGAUUUGAAGUGCAGUCUGAGCUCCUUGGCUUAUUUAUUGCGGCAAUGAUAGUUUCUUAAAUAAGUUGUUCCACGGGCUAUGUCGUGUUUGAUCGUGGCUAUAGUUCCACAGCACACCCUUUGCUAC